UGAUUCCCAAAGCGGUAAUUCUAGUCUGGUCAGGCGGGCAGUGUAACAAUUGCGUGUCGCUGAUAUAAAGGGUAAUGGUUUGAUAGCUGAUAUUGGUUAAUAAUUACAAAUAUCGCGACUAAAGAAAGUUUGCUACCGGCAUGUGAAGCAUUGUGCAACGCCAUUUCGCCAUGGCUACACAAAUAUCGACUUCACCUUUUGGUAUAACACUGGAUGGAUCUAAAAAAGCUACGAAGUAUAUAUUGAAGUCUUCUACAGUAGAAUUGAGCUUGACGGAUUAUGGAGCAACAAUAACCUCUAUUAAAUUUGCCGAUAAAAAUGGAGUCGUAGAUGAUGUUGUGACUGGGUAUGACGAUGUGCAAGGGUACGAAAAAUAUAGCAGAUACUUCGGCUGCUCGGUUGGUCGCGUCUGCAAUCGAAUUGCGAACGGAAAGUUUACCCUGAAUGGAACGGACUACAGUUUACCAAUCAACAAUCCACCAAACAGCUUACAUGGCGGAAUAGUUGGAUUUGAUAAGAAAAUCUGGGAAGCAGAAAUACAGAAGUCUGCCGUAGUGUUCAAAUUGAUGAGCAAAGAUGGAGAGGAAGGUUUUCCUGGCACAGUACAUGCAACUGCAAGAUAUGAAUUGAACGAAUCAGAGUUACUGCUUCAAUAUACUGCAACGACAGAUAAAUUUACGAUUGUUAAUAUGACAAAUCAUAGUUACUUCAACCUUGCUGGCCAUGAGAAAUGGAACAAAAUUUACGAUCACAAAGUAAUGAUCAAUGCAGAUCAGAUGACUCCAUUUACUGAAAGUUCGAUCCCAACAGGUGAGAUUAAAGAUGUGGAAGGAACUAUAUUUGAUCUUCGAAAGCCUGAACUCAUGACGCAAGAAAGACUGGAUAAAGUUCCAAAUGGAUAUGACAAUAACUUCUGUUUAUCACGGAAUGGAGAACGAAGACUUGCAGCUAGAGUGGAGCAUGGACCGAGUGGUCGCGUGAUGGAGGUAGAGACCACUCAACCUGGGAUACAAUUUUACACGGCAAACUUUCUCAGCAAUGAACCUAAAAGAAACGGCCAAGGAACUUAUGGAAAACAAAGCUGUUUGUGUUUGGAAACGCAAAAUUAUCCGGAUGCUAUAAAUCACAUCGGUAAAUUUCCAAACGCAAUUUUGAAACCAGGAGAAGUAUAUGAUCAGAAGACCUGGUACACCUUCACUACCGUACAGUGAUGGCAUGACUACUUCGUCUGUGGAGAAAUGUAACAAGCCUUUAUUAAUGGUCCUGAAGCAUAAUCACAAUUUUGUUUAAAAUUUGCAAUUGAUCUUGUGCAGUAUUUUUUGCUAAUUUAAUCAUAUAAGACAAUGAUUACGUGCA